UACGGAUUAAACGAACCUUUUAACCUCCUACCCUCAUACGCACAGAGUACAGAGUAAACACUACCGCGACUGAUUGAAGAAAUGGAGAUCCCCAAGUACCAAACAGCCGCGUGCAUUGACAAGCCACGACCCGGCGCACAGCUGGAGAUCCGCCAUGAUGUACCCGUCCCGGAACCGGGAUUUGGCGAGGUGCUGGUAAAGAUGGAAUGGACUGGGUUCUGUCACUCGGAUCUACAUAACCUCACCGGAGAAUUGCCGAUGACUACUAAUGUCCCGGGUCAUGAGGGAAUUGGGAAAGUUGUUAAAGUUGGUCCCGAUACUGCAUCGGAGAUGAUGGGAAAGCAGGUUGGAGUAAAGUGGCUGUACAGUACUUGCAGAAAGUGUCCGACAUGUCAGGUACAGUAUACGAACUGUCCUGAUCAGAGUAACUCGGGGAGGAAUGUUCCCGGGACGUUUCAACAAUAUGUCGUUUCCCCAGCCGACUUUGUGUCUGUCAUCCGGGAAGACUUGAAGCCGGAGGCCGCUGCGCCUUUGCUAUGCGCCGGUUUGACGAUGUACGGGGCAUUGAAUAAGCUGGAAAGACUGUGCAGACCAGGCGAUUGGGUGGUUAUCAUGGGUGCUGGUGGUGGACUAGGACAUCUGGGAGUGCAAAUUGGAAAAGAGCUGGGAUAUCGGAUCAUCGCUGUCGAUAGCGAAAACAAGAGAGAUAUCUGCAUGCGCUCCGGCGCAACUGCCUUUGUCGACUUCAGAGACAACGCCCGAGAAUGCAUCCAAUCCCUAACCGACAACAUCGGCGCCCACGCCGUCAUUGUGGUCGUCGGUCUCGAAAAAGCCUACGAGCAAAGCGUCCAGUUCCUCCGUCCCGUCGGAACCCUGGUCUGCGUUGGUCUCCCCCGCCCGGACUACCACAUCCCCAUUUCGCCGAUUCACUGCGUCAAUGGUGGAUACCACAUUGUAGGCAGCACGGUGGGAACGGAAGACGAGAUGCAAGCGUUGCUGAAGAUGGCGGUGGAGGGCAGGGUGGGCACGCAUUAUGAAACGUUCGAACUUGAGGAAAUUAACGAGGUUGCUGCGAGAUUGCAGCGGUUUGAGGUUGAGGGGAGGGCGGUGUUGCGGAUUCCGUAGGCACAUUGAUACAAAUGUACAUAUCGGAUAGCAUAGGAGUUGAUACAGGAGUGCAACGGGGUACUCCGAUGCAUGAUAGGUCAUAGCAGCUGAGACAUUGGCCAGGUGUUAGACGUUAAUAUAGAUACGCAGGAAAAAACGAAGUAGAUAUCCCUCCGUAUCAGGCACAAAAAUGCAGACGGAGAUAUCCGCCAUGAUAUCCG